AAUGAGGAUAUCUGGAGAAAUGUGUACGUUCGACACGUUUUUCUGUUUCUUGUUUGUGUGUACAGAUUUUAGAUUUGUUGAAGAGCAUCUUUCUGGCUGAGGCCUUUACUUUUUUUAAUUUUGAGGGCAGGCCCUUUUUUUCAGUCUUUUGUUCAGUUAUUACCCAACUGACUCUCCCACUUUCCCUUUACUGUUCUCGUGAAACUUUCUUCAAUUCUGGCCUUCCCUUUUGCUUUUUCAUUCUGCUGUUUGUGCUCAGGAAAGCAAAGUAGGGUAGUUUCUUGGGCCCUCUGUCAGCUUUCAUCAUACACUACCCAUUAUCAAUGGGCCAUGUCUCAGGGCUGAGAAGUUGGGCUGGUUACUUGAAUCACUGCAAAGGCACAUGACUGUUAAUAAUGCUAGUUUAAUACAAAAAGAAAUCUUAUCUGUAAUAAUUCUCUUGUUAACAAAUUGCCGGAAAAUGAUUAGCACUUUUGUCUGUGAACCAUAAUUGAAAUAUAUGACACCAUAAUGAAAGCAAAUUUUUAAUGUUUGGUUGGAGCAUUUUGCUUUCCUUUUCUACUCUGCCGACCCCUAGCUAGUGUUAUGCAGGUGCUGUUGACCAAUCGGCAUGGUGCAAAAGUAUUAGAGCAAGAUGAGUCUUAGGGAUGUAGACCAGCAGAAAACAUGGAUAUCUUGGGUGGUUCUGCAUCAGUAACUCCAUGCUCAUCUUACCAACCAAGUCCCCACACUUCUUAUAAUCCAAGCCCAGCUUCCUCUUCCUUUCCAAGCCCAGUUUCUUCUGCUUAUGACCCCAGCAUUGUAGCAGAUGGAAAUUCCCUCAUCCCAUGGCUCAGAAACCUCUCAUCAUCAUCUUCUUCAGCCUCAUCAUCAAAGUUUAUACAUAACUAUAUGCAUGGUGGUUCCAUUAGUGCUCCUGUAACCCCUCCCUCGAGCUCCCCAACUGCCAGAACCCCACGAUUUAAGACUGACCGGGAUAAUUCUUUUCCUCACCCCAGCUGGGGAGGGCCUCAACACCCAUUUCUUCCCUUGUCCACACCUCCAAGCCCUGGCCGACAAAUCCUCCAUGAUUCAAAAUGGUUUGCUGGUGUUCAAAUCCCUCAGAGCGGUCCAACUUCUCCAACGUUUAGCCUUGUUUCUUCAAAUCCGUUUGGCUUCCGAGUAGAAGAUUUAAGCCGAGGUGGAUCUCUGAUGUGCACUCCUGGGCAAAGUGGGACAUGUUCUCCUGCUGUUGCUGCAGCUUCUGAGCAAAACGCAGAUAUUCCAAUGGCCGAAGUGAUUUCAAACGACUUUGCAUUUGGUAGCAACAUAGCAGGUCUUGUAAAGCCUUGGGAAGGGGAGAGGAUACACGAGGAGUGUGGCUCAGAUGACCUUGAGCUUACUCUUGGAAGCUCAAAAACCAGAUAACAAAAUUAAUCCGAGGAAGACUGCCACGUUAUUAGACGUUUGAGGCCACAGCUGAUGAUUUCAAGAAAGGAUAGAAAUGGAAGCAGACAAGAUAUGAAGACUGACGCCUCUUUCUACCUCUCCAUGUCAAACUUUUAGCUCUGUUAGAUUAAUAUAUUCUAUGAAAUAUGGUUCAAGACACAGCCAAUGGUGCUCAUUUCAGUGGAUGUUGAAGAUAUGAAGGCUAUUGCUUCUUUAUUCCUAUCAAUGUUGAUCUUUUAGUUCUAUGCAAUUAUCGUUCAAAUGAAAUCUGGUUCUUCACCUAUGAGACUGGUUUCAUGGCCAUCAUUGAUCUUCAAUCUCAAAUCUUCUGGGUUGCUAUUCAAAGAAAUGUAUGAUGAAGACAUAGGAAACCAUUCAAUGUUUGAUGGAAUGUGAUCUUGCUAAGCUCUUCUGCAUCAUUUGAAGUCUGCAUUUCCUCAAAAGUUGGUGAUUACACUCAUAAUUUCUUAUGAAAUCUAACAGCGUUGAGAUCAAACAGCUCAGACCUUCUAUAAACAGAUUUACAGUAAAAAUCACGCCAAAAGUUUUCCUAUAUUCUGAACCAAGCCAAUCUA